AUGAGUACUGAUUUAAAUAUUAAGAAACAAAGUUCAAGAAAGGGUAAAAAAUCUUGGAGAACGAAUAUAGAUAUAAAAGACAUAGAAGAUAAAUUACAGGAACAAAGAGAUGAAGAAAUCAUAAAAGGAAAAGACAACGAUGAUGAUUUUAUAAUUGAUGAAAAACCAUCUUCAAAUAUUAAGGUUCCUAAAAAGCUCAAAAGUCAUGAAAUUUUAACUAAUAAGUCUAAAAUACCUGCAUUGCUUAAUCCAAAACAAUCAAAGAAAAGUAACAAAGUACAAGGAGUUUCCAAAACUGAAUUAUUAAAAUUGAUAAAAUUGAAAGGUGGUAAAUAUGGUGAAGAAAAUAAAUUAAUGAAUAAAAUUGAAAAAGAUGGUUUGAUAAGUGGUUCAAAUAUUGAUUUAUGGGAUGAGCCAACAAAAGAGGAAAAUGGAAAAUGGAUUAACUAUCCUCAAUCUACUGCUGAAGUUACCAAGGCCACCCGUGCUCCAAAAACUUUUAAAACUGCUCCUGUUAAAAUUGUGUCUAAUGAUUUGACGGAAAAAUUCAUACAUGCCGGUAAAUCAUAUAAUCCAUCAUUAGAAUCAUGGAAAGAAUUAAUUGAUAAAGAAUAUAAUAUAGAAUAUAAACGAGAAUUAGCAAGACAACAAAUUGAAGAUUUCCAAAAAAGAAUACAGGAAUUAGUUAUAACUUUAAAAGAUGGAAUGUUGAGUGAUAGUGAAGAUGAAGAUGAGGGAGAAGAAGAAAAAGAAGAAGAAGAGGAAAUUACAGAUUUUAAAUUGUCUAUAAAUAAGCCAACUAAGGUUAAAAUCAAAACUAAAACUAAAAGAAAUAAAGAAGCUAAACAUAAGAAAAGAAUGGAGUUGGAAAAAGAUAUAAAGGACUUGAAGAAACAAUUAAAAGAUUUACAUAACCUUGAUGAUAUAUUAAAAGCACUACAAGAAGAGGAAGAUUCAAAACAACCAAAAUCAAAAAAGAGAAAAUUGAAGGAUAACAAAUUAUUUAAAUAUGAGCUUAUUGAAACUCCAUUAGAGAUCAAAUUAUCAUCUGAAUUAACUAAUAAUCUUAAAAAUUUAAAACCUGAAGGGAAUUUGUUUUAUGAUCAAAUGUUAAAUUUACAAUCAACUGGUAAAGUAGAAAGUAGAAUACCGGUAAGUAAGAAAAGAAAAUAUGGUAAAAAAGUUACCGAAAAAUGGUCAUAUAAAGAUUUCAAAUAG